CAGAAGUACUUCCGAGUCCCAUCGUGAGUAAACAUCGUCUGCAAAAUAAGCGAUAUAAACAUAUUUUUAUGUGUAUUUCUUCGAUAGUGUCGCAACCCGAUCCCUACCUUUUAAUGUCAAGGUCAUGUGAUGGCAUUCCCUCAACCUAAAGCUCAGGCUCCUCAGCUUCCUCAGCUGGAUCUCAGGACAAUCGAAUGCAAACAAGGAGCUGUCCGAGCUGUUCGCUUCAACGCUGACGGUCAGUACCUGCUGUCCUGUGGAAGUGACAAGUCCCUGAAACUCUGGAGCGUCAAGAGGGGCACUCCGUUAAAGACGUACAGCGGCCAUGGCUACGAAGUUCUGGAUGCCGACAGCUCCUUUGACAACAGCCAGAUCUGCUCCGGCAGCUCGGACAAGACGGUGAUCCUGUGGGACGUGGCCUCGGGCCAGGUCAACAGGAAGUUCCGGGGACAUGCCGGGAAAGUGAACUGUGUCCAGUUCAAUGAGGAGGCAUCUGUGAUCCUGUCAGGAUCCAUCGACGGGACAGUGCGCUGCUGGGACACCAGGUCGCGCAAGAAUGAGCCCAUCCAGGUUCUGGAUGAGGCUCGUGACAGCGUCAGCAGCGUGAAAGUCAUGCAACACGAGCUGCUCACAGGAUCGGUGGACGGCAGAGUGAGGCGGUAUGACCUGAGAAUGGGGCAACUGCACGUGGACUUCAUCAACAGUCCUAUCACGUGUGUUUGCUUCAGCCGGGACGGUCAGUGCACGCUGAGCUCCAGUCUGGACUCAACCGUGCGACUUCUGGACAAAAGCACUGGCGAAAUGUUGGGCGAGUACAUGGGACACAAGAUGAAGGGCUACAAGCUGGACUGCUGCCUCUCCAGCAAAGACACUCAUGUCCUCAGCUGCUCCGAGGACGGACAUGUCUACUGCUGGGAUCUGGUGGAGGGAUGCUUGUCGCUGAAGCUGCCCGUGGGCAAGGCUGUGGUCCAGUCGCUGGCCUUCCACCCUACAGAGACCUGCCUUCUCACAGCCACGGAGGGCCGGGUCCUGGUCUGGGUGGCAGAGAUAGAGGAGGAUGAGGAAGGUACCAUGGAAACAUCAUGAGAGUAGGAUUUUUGUACCUGGAAAACCUUCAUGUUUUGUCAUUUGGAGGAACAGAAUGAAGAGGUGUCGAGUUUGUGAUAAGGUAAACAUGUCUCUGUCAGUCAUUUUUUUUCUAGACAUCCACUGA